AUGCAGAUCUUCGUCAAGACCCUCACGGGCAAGACUAUCACCCUUGAGGUGGAGUCGUCCGACACCAUUGAUAAUGUCAAGAGCAAGAUCCAGGACAAGGAGGGCAUCCCCCCGGACCAGCAGCGUCUGAUCUUCGCUGGCAAGCAGCUCGAGGAUGGCCGUACCCUCUCGGACUACAACAUCCAGAAGGAGUCCACCCUUCACCUCGUGCUCCGCCUGCGUGGUGGUGCUAAGAAGAGGAAGAAGAAGGUCUACACCACCCCCAAGAAGAUCAAGCACAAGAGGAAGAAGACCAAGCUCGCCGUCCUCAAGUACUACAAGGUCGACGGCGACGGCAAGAUCGAGCGCCUCAGGAGGGAGUGCCCCCAGGAGCAGUGCGGUGCCGGUGUCUUCAUGGCUGCCAUGCACAACCGCCAGUACUGCGGCAAGUGCCACCUCACCUACGUCUUCGACGAGUCCAAGUAA